AUGGCCGAAGAGCCGUCCACGCCGCCUCCGAAGAAAGGUCGGAGGAGGAGGGUUGCUGAUCUUUCGGGGUUAGCCAGUGCCUGGGAGGCUGACAAGGAUGUGAGAAAGGGGGCGAGGAAGAGGAAGAGUUUGCUUCAGUGGAAGGAUCCUACCAAGGUUGGUCUCAUAGGCUUCAACAGCAUAAAGGACAACUGGAAGGUGAUUCUGCAUUUGAUCAGCAUUUACUGCCCCGACUCGCCGCCGUCCAAGACAGUCCCAGUUGAUGAUGUCAAGCCCGAAGUUGAGAAGUUCUACGAGGACAUCUACGUGACCCCGAAAUCGGGCCUGGUUCACUGUGAGAGCCAUUCGCUGAAGAUGUUCAUUACCUUUUUGAACCGCCGGCAUGAUGGCAGCUCUCGCAAGGACAAUCGCCUCCGAGCCCUCUUCGACGAGCUCGCGAAGCACUGGCCGCCUAAGCCCCGUAGCAAGAGAUCUUUGGUGUCAGGUGAGGAUCAAGAGGAAGAAGAUUAUGUGGAGGCAUAUGUUUGGGUUUGGCUUGUCGGGUGA